AUGAAUUUAGAAAAAAUUGACGCUGGGCUACACCCAGAACUAAAGAGGCCACCAGACUUUGAUUUCGACAGUCUAGACCAUUUAAAAUCACGUUACAAUUUUUUAAAAAACUAUGCAAAUCUCGAUACAAAUAAAGAUAUUCGAAAUCAGUCACGUAUUUUAUAUGAAACAAUAUUAUCAAACGUUUUAAAAACACGUAAUAUAUAUUUGUUAUAUCUUGCAUCUCAUUCAGACUUAUCUACACUUUCUGAAAACACACAACUCGAUAUUUUGAAGUGUAUUAACAAAAAACAAGAAGACAUAUCAAAUAAUUUCUCAUCGUCAUUCUCACAAUGUUUAUUAUUGCUUAUAAAAAAUUUUCAUGAAGAACCUGAAGUAUUUGCACAAAUUGUUUAUUCAUACUUUUCAAAAGACAUCUCAGACCAGUUAUACUUCGGAUACUCUACAUUUCCAGCCAUUUUUGGCUACUUUUCUUCCCAAGAAUUCACUUUUAAAGCAUCUCGUUUUAUUUUAGAGUUAUUCUCAAUAGAUGAAGACUUUAUCCUACUCGAAAGCGUAUUAGUACCAUUCCUUCUCUCCGCGCACUCAUUUUUGGAAGAUUUAUGGUGUCAAUUUCACAAAUUAUGCACAAUGACAUUAGGAAAGUUUGAUGAGAAGCGCUGUUACAACAUCUUGAUCGAAAGCCUACAGAACUCUAUUUCUUUACUUACAAAUUCCCAUAUUUUUGUAAUUCAACAGUUAAUCAUCCGAUUUCCACACAAAUCCAGUGAUAUUUUGAUCAGCCAGUUUUUAUACAAGUCAUUCAACAUGGUAUUCACAUGUGGAAGUGUCAUUCUCCCAAACGGCGCCAAAAAAUUUACAAAUUCAUGUUUUCAAAACAUUUUAUCAACACGAGAACACGAAAUCCAACAAAAGAUCUUUGAUAUUCUCAGUGGCAACUCCAUUUUCACAGACAAUUUGCCGAAACAGCCAACAACAUUUUUGUUCAAAAGAUAUCCAUUCAUUUUUUCAUUCGAAGACAUCAAACUUAUCUAUGAUAUUCUUAUUGAUGACAACAACUAUAAAUCUACAAUACAAUCUAUGUCAUCAGAAAUCUCUAAUUUUCAUGAAAACAAAAAUGUUUUUGAAGUUGAUAUGUUUUUUAGUUAUAAUCAGAAGAAAAAAUUAAAUAAUAAUGUUGUUUUUUCAAGGUCAUGGAAUUCGAUAGUUAAAGAAUCACAGAGGAAAAACAUUUGUCCAAUUGAUUUCUUUAAUGAUCUUAAAAAGAAUCAACAAUUACCUUUACUUUGCAUGUCAUUUGAAUUCGAGAAAUUCGCGUAUCAAGAAAUUGUUGAAAAACUAGAACAAGAAUUGAUUAAUUUGACUUUUUUGAUUGAUAGUGCUGUUGAAAAUGAAAUGUACAAGAGUUAUAGUGUUUGUCUUGAGAGAUUGUAUGAUAUAUGUUUAUCAUGGAAUUCAUUUACUGUUGUUGAAAGUUUUGAUUUGAUAAAAGGAGAAUUUCAAAUUUGUGAUUUAAUUAAUAUUGUCAAAAGUUCUGCAUUAAUUGUUUUUAGUGAUAUUGAUAAUAUUUCAUUGUUUCCAUUCCAUCUUUUGUGUUCUAUACUUGAUAAAUAUAAGAUAUUGAUUGAUGGACCUAUAUUAAAUCUCCAGAAUGAGUUUGUUCAACACAUUUACUCAUCUAGAUUAACUUACAGACAACAGAUUUCUUCUUAUCCAUCAGGUUUAAUGAUUGUUUUGAGAUACGCACAUAAUCUUUCUAAUGCUUUGGAUGAAAGUCUUGGAAGAAGACUUGUAGCAAUAAUUGAGUUCACAAAGACAAUUAUAUUAGUUGCAGAAUCAACAGAUAAUGAACUUGUUAAUGAUUUCUUUAACUUCGGUCUUUUCGCAAUAAAGAAUCGAAGUUUGCUUGGUUCUUUUAUAGUUUUAGACAAGAUUUUGAACAGUGGUUUCACAUUCACAGAUCAAUACAUGGCAGAACUCAAUUAUUGGAACAUUUUCUGUUCGAAAUUAUCUAUAACAUACAGUAAGAUCUUUGAUUUCCAAGAGAAACUUAUGAAAAUACUUUUUGUGUAA